AUGUACUGGCUCCUCAUCCUCCCACUCAGCCUCGUGCUGGGACUGCACUACAAAUCCCUCCCCUUUGCAUGGCACAUCCGUCUAUUCUGGAUCGCCAUCAAGGCGCGGUACCGCACCACCCCCCCGCUCUUCCUCGCCCGCACCUCCCCGCGCAUCUCGCGGUCAACACCCCACCUCCUCCUCGAUAGCCUUCCGAUCGGGGUCGACGUGUUCGACGACCGCGUCGUGGAGCACUUUAAGGUCGGCUUCGACGACGGCGACUUCCUCGGCCACCUCAGCAACUCGUGCUACCCCAAGAACCUCGACUACGUACGCAUGAGCUAUGCCAUGCAGCGUCUCCCCGUCUUUGCUAGGGAUGGAGGAUGGACCGCCCUGGCCGCGAUUCAGUUCAAGUUCCUUCGUGAGAUCCCCAUCGGAAAGCGGUACAGCGUGCGUGUAGGCGUACUCGGCUGGGACGACAAGUGGUUCUACGUCCGAUCCGAGUUCUACACGACCUUGCGCUCCAAGAAGAUCGACGAGGAUCAGGAGACGAUCCACUGCGAAGCGACGUCGCGCCACUGCUUCAAGUACCGCCGCCGCACCAUCCCGCCCUGGCUCGUCUUCGCCACUGCGGGCUACUCGCCCCGCUCCAGCGCCGACCGCCGCGUCAACUGGGAAAAGACCGAGGGCGUCCGCCUUUCGCUCGCCAAGAGGUCGCGUGGCGGCAAGGUCAACCUGCUCGAUGCGUGGUCCAGGAACGUUGGGACGGAGAGGGAGGAGGAGUGGAUGAGGAAAGAGUUUUGGGACCUCGCGGGUUGGGAGGAUCGGAGGAAGGUUGCGACUGACGAGAUCACACUGUCGAUCUAG